AUGAAGUGUGUUAUUCCCGGUGGGCAUGUCAAAGUCUUUGGAAAAGCCAUCCAUUCUCUUUCAAGAAUUGGUGAUGAGCUAUGGUUUGACCCUUUGGAAAAAGGACUUGCUCUACGAGUGGUGAAUGCAGCCAGAUCAGCAUAUGCUUGCGUCCUUUUAUCAUCCUUCUUUUUCCACGACUACCACAUUGCAUCUAUUCAGGAGCAAGGUCAAGGCAAUGUGAUUUUGCAGCUCAGAUGUAAAUUAUCAAUAAAGGCAGUUCUUCCUGUGUUUAGAUCUCUCAUCAUGCUAGAAAGGAACGUGGAAAAAUGCAGCAUAUACACAAACUUUACCAAUUGUCGUCUGGUUUUCAGGUUGUUCUGCAAACAUGGUAUCACAAAAACUCAUAAACUGUAUUAUGAAGACUGCGAACCGUUAGAAGCAGCCUUUUCAGCAAACGCAUGCCCUAAUGUUUUAAAAAUGCACUCAAGAAUAUUUUCUGAUGCAAUAAUACAUUUUCCAACAUGCCAGGAUGAAGUCACUUUGACUAUUACGCCUCUUAAGGUUACACUGAAGAGCUUCAAUGAGGAGGCAGAAGGUUUCCCAAAGAGAAUGCACACUGAAAUACACCUGGGCAGAGACGAGUUCCUCUACUUCAAAGCCGGCGUAGACUCUGAAGUCACAUUUUGUCUGAAAGAACUUAGGGGGUGUCUGGCAUUUGCAGAGACAAUCAGCGCUUGCAUUUCAGUUCAUUUUGGACAGCCCGGAAAACCUAUUGCAUUUAGCAUAGAUGACAUGAUGUUUGAAGCAAACUUUAUUUUGGCAACGCUGGAUCAAUCAGAAAGCGGGACAUCCACUCAGACCUCACAACGCAUGAUUGUUGAGUCAAAACGGGGCACUCCGUUUUCGGGGUCAGGCAAUGAAAAUAUUAAAAAAAGCAUGGAAAUGAAACAGAUCAGCAAACAGCAGCCUGUGUUCAGCGCUAGUCCAGCAAUGUCAAAUAUCCUUCAGAAUGCUCCAGAACAAGCACCACGAGAGCCAGCUCGUCAUUCAUCUUAUAAUAAGUUCUGCUCCCUGUUUUUUGGCGCCAUUACAUCCCAGCAAGAUGACUUUAAUCAGGUCUUCCACAGUUUGGCAACAGCCAGCGAGGAUGAAGAGGAGGAGGGCUGCGGGAGAAAGCAAUCUCAGACAUUUUAAUGUUGCAAGUGUAUUAGUGUGGACUUUAGUUGUGUUGUUUAGCCACUUGUUACCAUUAUAGUCUGUGAUAAUUUACACAUCAGCGGGUUAUGAAUUUAUAAUAAGUUUGACAUGUUCAGUUAAAAGAUUUUCAUUUUACCAUUUUAAAAAUUGGCCAAUGUACAUUUCCAAAACAAAUGCUCAACACAAGAGAAGAAACAAACAGAGUUGUAACACAGAUUCAGUUAUUGUAUUUCAAGAUGCAGACUACAAC